GUGAGUCUUGUUGCUUAGUCCGUUACUCUGUUUCUCUUCUCAGCGUCGGUGCUCACUGCUCAGAACAAAGGUAAGCUUCUUAGUUUCUUACCAUUCCGUUUCUUUACAGUUUAAUGAUGUCUAAUCUGUUAUUGAGACAUGUUAAUAUUCAAGUGUCCAUCAAUUUGAGAGUAUGCCUGCGAAUUUUGGAUUGAAAUAUAACCGGUGACAGUGUGUGUGUAUGUGACAGUAUGUGUGUGUGACAGUGUCUAAAUGGAGACCGGAGAGACUCUGUUUUUUCUUACCUUGAAUUUGGAAUUUAGAGUGAUGAUUGAUGAUGUUGCUGCUGAGUUGUGAUAAUGGAUUUAUUGUAAUUUAUUUUAGAGUGCUGCUGCUGCUGAGUUGUGAAUGAGUUGUGAAUUGUGAUGAAUGGAUUUAUUAUAAUUUAGAAUGAUGCUGCUGCUGCUGAGUUGUGAUGCAUGGAUUUAUUGUCAUUUUACCGUGAUUUGGGUUGUAACUUGUGAUGAAUGGAUUUGGGUUGUAAAUUGUAAUUUAGAGUGCUGAUUGACUGUUUUUAUGCUGCCUUUGCUGAGUAGUAAAUGGUUGUAACUUGUAAGUUUGUAACCUGUAAUGGAUAAUAAUAUAGAAGAUGGGUUGUAGUGUGUAUUAAAAUCAAGUUUGUAACCUGUUAUAAAAUGUUUGGAUUGAUUACAGGGCUGAUUUGAAUUGAUUCUUGAAUUGUUGAACUUAUGGCAUCUAGAAAAAAUGCUUUUGGUAAUAGGCUUGAUGUUGGAUGGCAGCAUGGGAUAGAUGUUGAUAAAAAUUCUAGGAAAGUAUUGUGCAAGUAUUGUCAAAAAAUUAUUAGUGGAGGUAUAUUUCGUUUCAAACAACAUUUGGCUUGCACUCGUAAGGAUGUUGAGUUAUGUCAGCAAGUGCCAGAAAAUGUUAAGCAGAUGAUUUUAGGUGUUUUGGUGAAAAAUCUAGAGGCAACUGAAAAGAAAAGAAAGGCCCUUCAAUAUAGUGGAAAUGAUGUUGAUGAUGAUGAAAUAAAAGAAAUUAGCUCCAAGGACAAAGGAAAGAGAGUAGCUAGUGGGAGUGGAAGUACACAAACAACUCUAAAUCAAUUGCUAAAAAAGGAUAUUAGAGAAGAAGCAUGUCGACAAAUUGCUAGGUUUUUCUACACUAGUGCAAUUCCAUUUAAUUGUGUAAAAAACCCUGAGUUUAUUAAAGCACUUGAAAUGGUUGCAAAGCAUGGGCCAGGUUUCAAGCCUCCAUCCUACUAUGAUAUUAGAGAGAAGUAUUUGAAGCAAGAAGUGGAUCAAACAAUGAAAUUGCUUGAGGAGUACAAGCUAGAAUGGAAAAAAACAGGUUGUUCAAUAAUGUCUGAUGGAUGGACAGAUAAAAAAAGACGUUGUAUUUGUAACUUUUUGGUUAAUAGUCCUAAAGGGACAGUUUUUUUGUCAUCGGUGGAUACUUCUAAUAUGUCCAAGACUGCUGAUAAGGUAUUUGAGAUGUUAGAUGCCAUUGUGGAGAGGAUUGGGGAGGAAAAUGUUGUCCAAGUAGUCACCGAUAAUGCUGCAAAUUAUAAGGCAGCGGGACAAUUAUUAAUGAAAAAAAGAAAGAGUUUGUUUUGGACACCAUGUGCUGCCCAUUGUAUUGACUUGAUAUUAGAAGAUUUUGAGAAGAAGUUAGAGGUUCAUCAAGUAACUAUUGCAAAGGGGAGGAGAAUCACCUCAUAUAUUUAUUCAAGAACCAUUCUUAUUUCUAUGCUAAGGCACUUUACGAAAGGAAGAGAUUUGAUUAGGCCUGCUGCCACUCGAUUUGCUACUGCAUAUUUGACUCUAGGAUGUUUGAAUGAUCAUAAAAUACAGCUGAUGACUAUGUUUACUUCCAACCAGUGGAAUUCAUGUAGGUUUGCAAGAAUAGAAGAAGGGAAACGAAUUCAAAAUUGUGUUUUGGACAGCAGAUUUUGGUAUGAUGUUACUAUAUGUAUUAAGGCAGCGUUUCCUCUAAUUAAAGUUCUUCGAUUAGUUGAUUCUGAUGAGAAACCAGCUAUGGGUUUUAUAUAUAAAGCAAUGGAUGAAGCAAAAGAGAAGAUACAAGUGAAUUUUGGUUCUGUGAAAAAAAGGUAUAUAUCUUGCUAAUUUAUAUUUCAAAUGUUGUCAUCUAUUAAUAUGAAUGUUUUUCAAUUGAGAUAUUCCUAUAUUGUAAUGAUAUUUUUAUUGUUUUUUUUUUAUAUAGUUAUAUACCUGUAUGGAAUAUUGUUGAUGCAAGAUGGGAACUUCAACUCCAUAGACCUUUACAUGCAGCAGCUUAUUAUUUGAAUCCUCAUUAUCAUUAUAAUCCUAAUUUUAAGGUUAAUGCCAACAUUAAAAUUGGAUUAUAUCAAUGCUUAGAAAGGAUGGUGCCUAAUGCAAAUGAAAGGUGCAAAAUUGACUUACAACUUGAAUCAUUCAAGGAUGCAAAAGGGUUGUUUGGCAUUGACGCUGCCAAGACAGCAAGAGAUAAAAAAACUCCAGCUCAAUGGUGGGAUUCUUAUGGGGAUGAAUGUCCAGAAUUACAAAGGUUUGCAAUCCGAGUUCUAAGCUUGACUUGUACUUCAUCUGGAUGUGAGCGUAAUUGGAGUGCAUUUGAAAUGGUUCAUACAAAACGAAGAAAUCGUUUGCACCAGAAAAAAAUGAAUGACUUGGUAUUUGUAAUGUGCAAUCUGAAAUUGAAUGAUAACCAAGUCAGAAGGCAAGCUGAUGAUUUUGGUAUGGAAGAUGAUCUUUCAUCUGAUGAUGAUUGGAUAACUGAGGGAGAAAAACAUCCAAACUUUGAUUUUCUUGGUACUAUUACCAGUGCAACACGAAGACAAAAUGGUAAUGAGGAUGAAAGUGAUGAAGAAGAAAUUCCUAAUAAUGUUGAAAUGGAGAGUCAUGGUAUUGAAGAUGAUUUGGAUAUUCAAAUUGAUGAUAUUGGUGUUGGUACUAGUAGUAGCACUAAUGUUCAUAAUAUUGGUGUUGGUACUAGUAGUGAUACUAAUAAUCCUCUUGAUGCUAAUGAUAUUGAUGAAUGCUUAAGGAAUAAUGAGGAAGAUGAAGGGAAUGAAGCUGAUUUUAGUUUACAUGACACACCAGCAGAUUGUUUAUUUUAAGUUUGUUAAUUAUUUGUUAAUGAAAAGUUAUUUUAAAUUAUGUAUCAGGAUGACUUUUAUUUGAACCAUGUAUUUUAAGAUGUUUGAACUAUGUAUGAAUUUUUAUUUGAAACAUUAUUUUUAAGGUGCUUGAACUA